CGCCCGAGCCAGCAGAGCGGCAGUGCAGGGGACCGCGCGCCUGCCGCUGCCGCCGGAGCCUCGGGGCCUGGGAGCCGACGACUGAAUCAUGUGGCUGGAAAUUCUCCUCACCUCUGUGCUGGGUUUUGUCAUCUACUGGUUUGUUUCCCGGGACAAGGAGGAAACGUUGCCUCUUGAAGAUGGGUGGUGGGGGCCUGGGGCGAGGCCCGCAGCUGCAGAGGAUGAGAGCAUCCGCCCUUUCAAGGUCGAGACUUCCGAGGAGGAGAUCGAGGACUUACACUGGAGGAUCGACAGGGUCCGUUUGACCCCACCUUUGGAGGACGUGCGCUUCCAUUUUGGCUUCAACUCCAAGUACCUGAGGAAAGUCCUUUCCUACUGGCGGAAUGGCUUCGACUGGAGGAAGCAGGUGGAGAUUCUCAACAGGUACCCUCACUUCAAGACGAAGAUUGAAGGUAGGUUUGCUCAACAGCAGCUGCUGGCGGCCUCAGGCCCGGGCGCCGUGGGGCUAAUGCACCAGCCUCGGCCAAGGAAGUUCUCCCUAGACGACCUGCUGACCAACGUCAUGCUCUACUGGACAACGGGCACCAUCACCUCCUCCCAGCGCUUCUACAAGGAGAACCUGGGCCAGGGCUUCAUGGCCAACAAGCAUGACCGGAUCAAGGUCCACGUGCCCACAGGCUUUGCUGCCUUCCCUUGUGAGUUAAUGCACGUGCCAGAAAAGUGGGUGAAGUUCAAGUACCCAAAACUCCUCUCCUACUCCUACAUGGCCCGCGGGGGCCACUUUGCCGCCUUUGAGGAGCCCGAGCUGCUGGCCCAGGACAUCGGCAAGUUCGUGGGGCUGCUGGAGCAGGGCUGAUGGCCGCGGGGCGGACUGUCACCCCGCAGCUCCCUCGCCGAAGGCUGCCCCCGCCCCCCGGGCAGCUGCCGAGGAGCAGCAAGCCUCCCCCCUCCCCGUCUUCUCCUGGUGACAGUGUACACCCCCACGCCUGCUCCCGCCCCUGCCGGGCCCCUGCUCACUGCCUGCACAAGAGCAGGGGUAAUAAACGAUUUUAUUCUAA